AUGUCAAUUCCUAAAACUCAAUUUGGAUAUGGUUAUGAUAAAAGAUACAAAACUAUUCAAAAAUUUGAUGAUAUACCAAUACCAUCAGUAGGAGCAAACGAAUUAUUAUUAAAAGUUGAAGCAGCUGGUUUAUGUUUAUCUGAUCCUCAUACUUUAAUUGGUGGACCAAUAGAACUUAAACCACCUUUGAAAACCCUGGAUAAAUUUAUAAUGGGACAUGAAAUUGCUGGUUCAGUAUGUAAGCUAGGUUCAGAAUUAUCAAAACAACAAGAUUCAAAAUUUAAAAUUGGAUCAAGAUUUGCUUUACAAAUUAAUUUUUGUUGUGGAGAUUGUGAAAUGUGUAGAAAAGGAUUAGAUGGGGCAUGUACUACUACUUCUCAAUGCUACGGAUUAAAUGAAGAUGGUGGGUUUCAACAAUAUCUUUUGGUCAAGAAUUUAAGAACUUUAUUGCCUAUUCCUGAUAAUGUUUCAUUUGAAGAUGCUGCUGUUUGUACUGAUUCUGUUUUAACUCCAUUUCAUGCUAUUCAAAAAGUUAAGCAUAAAAUUCAACCAACUUCUAAAAUAUUGGUCCAAGGUUGUGGUGGAUUAGGAUUAAAUGCUAUACAAAUUUUAAAAAAUUAUAAUUGUCAUUUAGUUGCAACUGAUUUAAAACCUGAUAUUAAAUCAACUGCAUUAAAAUAUGGAGCUAAUGAAUUUUACAACGAUUUAAGUAAAUCAAAUCAUGAACCACAAUCAUUUGAUAUAAUAUUUGACUUUGUAGGUAUUCAACCAACAGUUGAUAUAUCAAACAAAUACUUAAAAAAAAGAGGUACGUUAUCGAUGAUAGGUUUAGGUAAAUUUAAACUAGUUAUGCCAAAUUAUUUAUUUGCAUUGAGAGAAAUUGAAGUAUUUUAUAAUUUUGGUGGUAACUCAAUUGAACAAAUUGAAUGUAUGAAAUGGAUUUCUAAGGGUUUAAUUAAACCAGAUGUUACUAUUGUUGAUUUUAAAAAAUUACCACAAGCUUUAGAAGAUUUGGUUAAUGACAAAGUUAGAGGUAGAGUUGUUUUUAGACCAAAUAAAUUAUAG